CAUUUGAUUGUUUUUAAAAAUGUCAUAAUGUCUUGAAUAUCAUCAUCAUAUCUGGCUAGACAGCCCAGGGUGGGCCAGUGCCUUCCUUUGAAUUCAAAUCCACUUCUCUCUACUUUUGACACUUGUUCGCCAGUCUUGAAUAUAUGUUAAAAAAAAUUUGCAAAAAUUCAUACUGGGCAAUUUUGACAUUGGUAUAAAUUACAUCUGUAGAUUUUCAUUUUUUAAAAAAAUUUCAAAUUCAUGGAGGUUAAAAAGUUUCAUAACAACAGCAAAGAACCCAAAGAGCUACAAAAUACUACAAAAAUACUAAAAGUAUUUGAUGAUUUUUAAUUAAGCUAUACUCAUUCAAAGUUUACAAAUGUUAUGUUCAUAAGGUUGGAAUAACCCACUCUGUUUCACAACUUCAUGGAAUAAUUCUAAAAUUUGUCUGUAAAGUGUAUAAUAAAAUAAUUGUAUUCAAAUGUUGCAUUUGUAAGUUUUAAAAGGCAAAUGACUAACAUUACAAUGCAUGAUAAACUAACUGCAAACUAAAAUAAAGUUCUUAAAAUAUAUUAAUCAAAACUUACUUAGAGAAGAUGAAAACAUAUGAAAAUUAAGAUAAGAAUAUACUUAAUGCUACAUAUAAAGCUAAGCAAUGUGAUUAAAGGCCACAAUCUAAGAGCAAAUAAUAAUAAUGCGCAAACAAAUGUAUUUCCAUGCACGAAUAAAGCAUAAAUAAUGGUCAGUGUUAACACAGAAUGAAGUUUGUGUUUUGACUAAAGAGUUUCUUAUUUAUCGAACUAAAACUAUAGAAUGUAUAUUUUAUUCAAGCUUCUUAGUUUCAUAAUUAAUUUGUGAAGAUGAAAGAAACUUUGUGUUUUUGUGUGCAGGAGCAGAUGUUCUGGUUGGAUGGGAUUCUAUUGCAUGGGGCUGUCUGACUUUUAAUAAGGAUGGAAUCUCAAACUCAAGUCAUUGUCAAAUUAAAGAGUAAAAACUCUUCUGAGGUUUAUGAAGCCUUAAAGGUUAUAAGAAGAAAUUAUGUGCGAGAUUUUAAAAAAAUGAAAGGGUUAGAAAGUCAUUCUGUGAUACCCUUAUUGAUUUCUUUUAUUGAACACCCAAAAUUUUCUAGUAUAUCUCUGAGUAUUAUUGCUGAUGCUUGUAUGGAAAGAUAUUGGAUUGCAAAAGUUAUUGAAAAUAAAGGCAUUGAAUCUUUAGUUCGUAUAAUGGGAAGCUUGAUAAAUGAUGACAUUAUUAAUAGGGCAUGCAGAGCUCUUGGUAAUAUUGCAAAAUUUAAUCAGAAAUUCUCUAAAAAUAUCAAUAUUUCAGAACUAAUAACCAAUGUUAUUAAAUUUCUAACUAGAACAUCUGAAGUAAAUGCCAUACAAACUGCAGUUAGAACACUUCGAAUUCUUGGUAAUUGUCCAAAAUCUUGCGACUUAAUUAUCCGAGAAAGUGGAAUUAUUCAUUUAUCUAGACUCUUAUGUUCAUCAGAUAAGAAUGUCAUUCUGUGCUCCACCCAAGCUAUUGCUGAUUUAACUGAAAAUUGUAAUUCAGACUAUGUAGCUCAACUCUUAGAGGGAGAAACAUUGAACAUAUUAAUUAACUUGUUUGCUCUAACUGAAUUUAAAGUUAAAUUGUAUGUCACUAAGUCUCUUAAAAAUCUUUCAUGUCAUGAAGCAGCUCGUUCUAGUCUUACAAAAGUUGGUGCUAUCAAAAUCUUUUCUCAAGUGGCAAUAGACUUAACUUCACCAUUAGAGAUAAAAAGGUAUGCUCUGUUAGGACUAUGUAAUUGUUUGAAUUAUUGGCAUAUGUGGAGUGCAUACGGGAUUUCUAUGGAAGAUGUAUUAAAACCACUUAUUAGUGCUCUUACUGUAAAUUCUUUAAAAGAUAUUCAUCGUAAUAUUUUAAAUUCUUUUUGCCCUUUUGCUGUUGGAGAGAUAACUGCAGAAUAUCUGAUAAAUUCCGAUUUAAUUUCAGUUCUAGUUAAAGGCCUAAAACAGUUCAUCAAUUGUAAUGAAUUUCAUCAUGAAAAAUCAGCAUAUUGCAUGAAUGUUCUUAGUACUGAUGCUGAAUAUUCAUUUUCACGGAGUAAGCUGGAACCAAAUCUUCAAUUAAAUAUUUAUGAUGACAAAGGGAAAAUAAAACAAAAUGGUAUUUCAUCUUGUGUUAAGAUUGACACUUCAAGAAAGCUUAAAACUCACUCUGAUAUUGAAAGUUCAAAUGCUUAUUCCGGUUGUUCACCUACUUCCGACUAUUUUAGUUCAUCUUGUUCUCCUGAUCGCAAUUCUUCUAAAAAGAGUCCCACUUUUGCACACAGUGACUCAGCUUUUUCUCCAAAUUAUUACAGUGACAGUAGUAGUUCUCCUGUUUCUAGUCAUGUUGCUGAUGUUCCCUGGAAAUUGAUGCCUUUGGAUUUGGACUCCAGUAAUCUAAACAGUCGGAAGCUAACUGAUAAUUGUAGUUCUUCAAAAAAGAGUCCUAGUUCUUCAAGCAUUGACUCAUCAUUUUCUCCAUUUUAUUACAGUGACAGUAGUAGUUCUUCUGUUUCUAGUCAUGUUGCUGGAAUUCCGUGCAAGUUGAUCUCUUCCAAUUUGAAUUCUAAUAAUGAAAACAGUAUAAAGCUUACUAAUCAUUAUAAAGUUAAACCUAAAAAAUAUAUGAAAUGGAAAUUAGAAAAUGAAAAGGAUUCAUCAUCUUUUUUACAAUCAAACAAGCAUGAAGACUUACCUUAUUUAUGUUAUGAUAGAGAUUCUUCUGACAGUGAAAAAUAUUUUUCUGAACCUGAAAAUGUAGACUUCCUGUGCCCCAAAAGAAGAAAAAAAGAUAUUUUAAAACUUGAAGAAGGUAAGAACUUAGUCGCUCAAGGUCAAAGUGCUAAUCAUGGAGAACGCAAAAGAGAUGACAUUUGUAUUGAGAAAUUUAAUCACUAUUCUAACACAAGUUCUAUUUAUAAAAUGGAUCAUUUAAUAUUACACUUAUUAUAUGUUCUUUCAUGCCACUUAAAACAGAAAAAUAAUCCUGUUUUAGCUAAUAAAUCAAAUUAUUCCAUUCUGAUGAUUUACAUCGUUUACAUAAAAAAUCCUAGUCCAAAAGCAGAAAGUAUCUUAUUAAGUCUUAUAAAGAAUAAGCAUUUCUUUGAGUUUCUUAUUCAAAAUGGGUUCUAUACUGAUAUUGAGGAAAUUUUUGUGGUUUAUCAUGGUCAGAAGUGCGACUAUUGUGGAAAUAUUUUCUGUAUUUAUCGGAAUCUAUAUUAUGCUUUAUGUGAAGUGGCUGAAACUGAAUUUGGAAUCGGAACUUUAUGUCACAUUUUAUGUAUUUCUGAUAAAGAGAUUAAGUCUCAUGCUUUACUGGCAAUAUCAAAGCUUGUUUCAAAUAGAAAUUCUUUGUACAAACUGCUUAUACUUGCUAAUGGCUUAAGAAUUUUAUUCCAAUUUUUAAGUGAAUUUGCAAUUAUAUCUAUAAAAGAUAUUAAAUGUUUAUGCCAGUUAUUCCAAAAUCUGAAUAAAGAUAAUCGUCUUUUUUUAAAAAAUAUUCCUCUCAAGUACAGUAAUACUUGUGUAUAUAAAAAUGACAUUUUUGAUGUAACAUUUGUUGUAAAUGGUGGAAUGGCGGUAGGUGCUUCCCGUGAUAAAAUUUGUACCAAUUCUGACUACUUUAACGCUUUAUUAAAAGGCUAUUUCAAAGAGCAAUGCAAAACUGUUCUUAGUAUAUCUGGAAUAUCAGCAGAAACAUUGCAAGUCAUUUUUCACUUUCUUCAUGGUUGCUGCAAAAAUGGAUACUGUCCUUACUUGGAAAUAAUUCCAUUUGAAAUUUUAAUGGAGCUUUUAUCCGAAUGUGAAAAAUUUUUACUUCAUGACAUCAAGCUAUUUGCUGAAAACCGUUUAUGCCAUCAUUUUUCACCCGAGACUGCCAUUAAAGUUUAUCAGUUUGCGAAAUUGCACAAUUCUGUAAAGCUUUACAACAAAGUGAUAGAAUAUAUUUUGAGUUUAGAUGUUUCAACUCCCAAAAUAUUAAAUAUUGCAACUCAAGAUGUUGUGCUUAAAUGUUUUCAACAGUUUAUAAAAUUGAAUGACGAUUUUUGUGUGUUUGAAGAUGUGGAGAAACUUAUGUUGAACUUACUCUUGUGAUAAAACAGUGUAUUUUAUUGUACAACACAAUUUUCGUUAAAUUUGGUAAAUAUUUAUAAAGAUGCCUUAAAUUUACAUACAUCAAUGUGAAUAUGUUAAGGUAUUUUUCUUGAUAGCAUACUACUUAUCCAUAGAAUUGCUUUACCCACUGACAGUUUUGAUAUUUUCAUUUUUAUUGCUUCAAAAUGUUUACACUUUUUUAUACAACUUUGGUUCAAAUUAGUUCUCCACAAGACUAGCUAAACUGGAGCUGUGGAGUUAGUAGUUGAAAUGUUCAGCUGAAAAU